AUGCAGACGCUCUGGACUCGCGUCGCGCAGGUCCGGGUGUCUUGCCACUGUCCGCAAUGCCUUCCAUCGACCAGCGCCGUGGCCCGCCGCGCCGCUGCCACCGCCACCAGACGAGCUCCGCGGCUCUGGACCAGUUCGACGCUGUGGUACUCUGGCAUCUUCGCAGUGGCCGCAACUCUGGAUCAGGGCAUCAAACAACAGCGGCGAGAGCAGUGGAACAAGGCAAUCGAGGAUGUCAAGCAAGACCUGGCACGAUCAGACGACGCCGUCGCCAAUCGCGACUUCCUGGACAGUCUGGAGCAGGAGACGAUUGCAACGCCAGACAUGAGAGAGCACCUCGAUAGCAGUCCUCUGAGACCGCAUAUGCCCGAGUGGCCAGUAAGCACCGGCCAGGGCCGCUUGCCAAGCAAACUACCGCCGCAGUCCAUCUACACGGCCAAUCGCAGGAAGGCGAAGAAUAUGUUGAACCGCUGGGACCCCAAAAAGAUUGAAAGAGUGCAGCUGAGCAUCGAUGCGCUGCAGUUGGAGUUUUUCAUGGAGCUGCAUCGCCACGGCUGGCACGAGGAAGCCGCGAGCGCUGUACCUUCUUGGUACGCGGAAUAUAUUCUACAGCCUGUUGAAGAUACCCGUAAAGCUCUGGCGCAGAAGCACAUGGAUCUAUACGAUGUGUUCCACAUGAAAGGCAGGUACUCCUUGGAUCUCCAGGAUGAGCAACACGCAAAUGAAGAGUUCGCCCGCUGGCAGCGCUCACAUGGAGACGAGCCGCUAUGCAACUACGUUCAGGACGAACUGGGAUCUUUCCACAAUACGGCACAUGAUCUCAAUAGCUCUCUACGGCAUCUGUUCGACUUGGGACGAAAGCGCGUGCUGUCUAAACCCGCUAUGCUGGCCAAGGUAUAUCACAAUUUGUCGGUCUCGUCAGCGCCGCCGAACGUAGACACGUUCAAUACACUCAUUAUUGGACUUUCUGAUGUCGGCACUCGACGGCUGGUGGAGGACUGCAUCGACUGUUUGCAGUGUACAAAGAUACGCUACAACGAAAUUUCUCUCGCGUCCAUACUGAAUCACUGGACAUUGAAUGAAAAUGGAGACGAGUUUCAGCGCUGGGUCGAGCUCAUGCGUGGGAAUUGGGGCGGUCUGUUCCUUGCUCAGCCUGGCGUCCAGAGAACAAAGUCAAGUCAGGGAAGACUUGUCCUGAAAGACGAAGAGUCUCCCAGAGUCAUUCAGCGUCCAUCUCCCACACCCAUGGUAUUCAAUGCUUUGAUCAAUGGAGUCAUCAAAUUCAGCGGCUUCAAUGCCGCAUUGCGCGUUUGGGAAGCCGCGCGCGAAGAGGGAUGGGGCUUGGCUAUCAGUGGUUUUCACCCUUUGCUGAAAGACUGCUCAAGACGAAGAGAUUGGGGCGCGGGACUCGCGAUCUGGAAACAGAUUACAGCAUUGAGGACCACCUCGGAGAAGCCUGAGAAUAGGUCCGACACGAGCAUGAGGAAUACCCCAGUCAUUGAUUUGCCGAUCUUCGCAUCGAUGCUGCAGUUGUGCACCCGUUGCAACAAUCGCACCGCGUUCCAGGAUGUCAUGGGCCAGGCAAUUGCGGCACAUCCAUGUUCUGCUACGGAUCUGAUCAGGAUGGUCAAACUGGAAAGGUCAGAAAUGCAAGCCUCAGACCAAAGGAUCGAGCCUGUUGCUAAUGACAUUCGCACUACGGUGGAGGAAAUGAACGUCAGUCAAUAUCCCAACGACUUGAACAAUUUUCGACGGCAGGAUAUGAUGCAUGUCAAAGACGAGGGAUCCAAGGCAACAGUAGCCUCAGAUAGUGCCAGGAACCACUUGCUGGAAGAUGCUGUGCCCACUCGCGACGAGUUCCAAAGUUCCUGGUUGCCAAUUGAACUGCAACGCCGGUAUCGGAAAAGCGUUAUGGAGAAGCGUAAGUGGUGGAAAGAGGAACACCCAUGGUGGGAGGAUAAACGCAAACAGUGGGAAGACGAACGGGAACAGGGAGAGGGUACCCCCGAAGGUUCGAAUGUCGUUGAGCCCGAGCAAGAGCAAUGUCAUGGAGAAGGAUUUGGAGAGUCGCGCGGACUAUUCAUUCAGCAACCUGAAAGCUAUGUGAUGCAGCAGGUGCAGCAUCUUGACGAAAUUAAUGAGCUGGAUCAGCGAACCAGGCAUGCAGUCGAUGCGACUUCAAUUCCGGAUCAACUGCCUUCCAUCUACCRGCCCUUCAGUCACUGA